AGGUAAAUUAUUUGGAAAUGGAAAUAGUACUAUUUAAAAAAAGGAAGUGUCAUUUUUUGAAAGCUCUAAAAAAUUUGGGGGUAUUAUUGAAAGAAAAAAAAGAUUGACCCUUUUUGACAAAAAUAAAUGAGUAGUGGAGUGGCAUUUCCAUCCAAACCCUACAACAGAGAGAAAUCAGAGCUAUGGCUGAAGAAGCCAAGGCCAAAGGCAACGCCGCUUACGCCGCCGGCAACUUCACGGAGGCCAUCAAACACUUCACGGAGGCGAUCGACUUCGCGCCGACCAACCACAUCCUGUACUCCAACAGGUCCGCCGCCUACGCUUCUCUGAACGAGUUCUCCGACGCCCUGGCCGACGCUCAGAAGACCGUCGUACUGAAGCCGGACUGGUCAAAGGGGUACUCCCGGCUCGGCGCUGCUCAUCUCGGCCUUCACCAGCGCGAUGAAUCCAUUGAUGCUUACAGGAAGGGCUUAGAUAUCGACCCUGAUAACGAGGCAUUGAAACAUGGACUCGCUGAAGCUCUUUACUCUCAGGCGGCCCAACCUAGGGUUUCGUCUGAUUUUCCGUUCGAAACUGCCUUGAAAGGCGAGCAGAUGUGGAUUAGGCUUGCCAGCAGCCCUAGUACCUGGGGAUACUUGCAGCAGCCAGAUUUUGUGAAGAAGAUUCAUGAUAUUCAGGAAAACUCUAGGAAUGUGGGCGUCUAUAUGAUGGACCCAAGAAUAAGGGAUGCCCUCACCGUGUUGUGGGGCGUAAAAGUGUCAGCGGAAAUUUCUAUCAAGGGAGAAAAAUCUCCAGUUGAAGCAGAGCAAGAGCCAGCACCAGAACUAGUCGAGCUCUCUGAUGAGGAGAAGGAGACUAAAGAUUCUAAUGUGGACAAGGAGACUAAAGAUGCUGGAAAGGGCAUUACCAGAGACGAAUUUGCAGAGGGGUACAUUAAGAAAGGUGCUGCAAAGAUCUUAAUGCAUCGAUAUGAAGAAGCUUUAGAAGCUUAUCAGGAAGGUUCGGUGCAUGUCCCUGGACACCCAGAAUUGCAGGAUGGCAUUAGGAGGUGUCUAGAAAAAAUGAACAAGGUGGCUCUUGGGGAUCUAACACCCGAAGACGAAUCCAAGGCCAAAGGCAACUCCUCUUUCGCCUCGGGUAACUUUUCCGAGGCCAUCGAACAUUUCACUGAGGCGAUAAACUUUGCACCGACCAACCACGUGCUGUACUCUAACCGGUCCGCUGCUUACGCUUCUCUGAAUAAGUUCUCCGAUGCCCUCGUCGAUGCUCAGAGGACUGUCAAACUCAAGCCGGACUGGUCCAAGGGGUACCUCCGGCUCGGCGCUGCUCAUCUUGGCCUUCACCAGCAUGAUGAAUCCAUUGCUGCUUACGGGAAGGGCUUAGAUAUCGACCCGGAUAAUGAGGCAUUGAAAUAUGGACUUGCUGAAGCUCAAUACGAUCAGGCAGCUCGACCUUGGGUUUCGCCUGAUAAUCUGUUCGAAGAUGCCCUUUCGGAUCAGGAGAUGUGGACUAGGCUUGCCAGCGACUCUAGUACCAGGGAAUACUUGCAGAAUCCCGAUUUCGUGAUGAUGAUGCAGGAGAUUCAUGGAAACCCUAGAAAUUUGCACCUCUAUGUGAAAGACCCGAGAGUAAGGGAUGCUCUCAUUGUGUUUUCGAGACCGAUUGAAGCAGAACCAGAGCCAGAACCAGUGGAGCUCUCUGAGGUGGAGACGGAGAUUAAAGAGAGAAAAGCUGAAGCACAGAAGGAGAAGGAGGCUGGUAAUGUGGCAUAUAAGAAGAAGGAUUUUGAAACAGCGGUUCAUCACUACAGUAAAGCCAUGGAGAUUGACGACCAGGACAUUUCUUUCCUCACUAACAGGGCUGCUGUCUUUUUGGAGAUGAGAAAGUAUGAAGAGUGUAUCAAUGAUUGUGACAAAGCUGUUGAACGGGGAAGAGAGCUCAGGUCUGACUGUAAGAUGGUUGCAAGGGCUUUGACACGGAAGGGUACUGCUCUGACAAAGAUGGCGACGUGUUCAAAGGACUACGACCCAGCUAUUGAGACAUACAAUAAAGCUCUCACUGAACAUCAUAACCCGGAGACACUGAAGAAGCUUAAUGAUGCUCGGAAGGCUAAAAAAAUAUUGGAGCAGCAAGAGUAUUUCAAUCCGCAAAUAGCAGAUUGGGAGCUUGAAAAAGGUAACCAAUUGUUCAAAGAGGAGAAUUACUCUGAUGCUGUUGAACACUACAGUGAGUCCAUCAAAAGGAAUCCAAGCAACCUUCUGGCUUACAGCAAUAGAGCAGCAAGCUACACUAAACUUGGGGCAUUACAUGAGGGGCUUAAAGAUGCUGAAAAGUGCAUUGAACUUGAUCCCAAAUUUGUUAAGGGGUACAUUAGGAAAGGUGCUGUUCAGUUCUUCAUGAAUGAAUAUAUGGAAGCUUUGGAUACUUAUCAUGAAGGUUUGAAGCACGGCCCUGAAGACCUGGAAUUACUGAAUGACAUUAGCAGAUGUUGUGAACAAGUAAAUAAGGCGUUUCAUGGGGCUCAAACACCGGAAGAGCUGAAGGAAAAACAGGCCAAGGCAAUGCAGGAUCCAGAAAUCCAGAGCAUCCUUUCAGACCCCAUCAUGAGACAGAUACUUAAUGACUCCCGAGAACAUUCAGCAGCAGCGGAUGAACACUUUAGGAACCCUAUUUUGAAGAACAAGUUCUAUAAACUGCUCCUUGCCGGAAUCGUUCAAUUUGGCUAAAAAAUUCAGAUCCUUUCAGGCAAGUUCGUCGAACUGUGUAUGCUCCCAACGCGUGAUGUGAUGCGUCUAACAUGUAGUAUGAUUUCUCUACUUCUAUUUAGAUUCUCAAAUGCUAUCUACUGUUUCUCACAUGUUUGAGGUUGUUUUUUUUGUAUAUCCCACUUUUCAAAGGCAAUUUCCUCCUUAUGGGUGCGUGUUGUUGUCGCCCUUGAUCACCAAACAGCCUCAAACAUUCACCGAUCUACUAAUAUAUAUGAUCUACUUUAUUCUAUAUAAAAGCAGCAAAUCAAUGUCUGAAGGUUAU